AUGGUGAACUCAAACCUCACCAAGCUGGCACUCUACGUCCUCUCCAUCGCCGCCGCGCCCGCACAAGCCAUCAAUGUCGUGCAGAGCAACGACGACGGAUGGGCGGAGAUCAACAUCCGUCAGCAAUACUACAGUCUGACCGACGCCGGCUUCAACUCUUUCAUCUCGGCGCCCGCGGUCGACAGGAGCGGAACCGGGUCGUCCGAUGCUCCGCCCACGACGGUCGGGAGCAAUGGGUGCGAGUUCGGAUCUUGUCCCGCGGGGAGCCCUGCGGUGGGCAAGAAUGAGAGCAUGCCGCGGUUCAAUUAUGUCAAUUCCUACCCCGUGACAGCAAUGCGCUACGGCAUCCAACAUCUCGCAUCGACCUUCUUCGGCAACGGGAUCAAACCCGACAUCGCCGUCUCCGGCUUCAACGUCGGCGCCAACCUCGGCGUCGUCACGCAAUUCUCCGGCACCGUCGGCGCGGCCUGCGAGGCCGUGAGACUGGGCGUCCCGGCCAUCGCAUUCUCCGGCUCGACGGGCACGCAGACGGCGUGGAACGCGUCGGUCGAGGGCUACGUGCAGACGUACGCCACGCUGGCGACGACGGUGACGAGAUACCUCACGGCCGGAGAGAAGCCGUAUCUACCACGGAACGUCUGGUUGAACGUCAAUUUCCCACCGUCGAACAGCACCACCUGCAGAGUCCCCCUCGAAUACCAAUUCGUCCUUUCCCGCAUCCACGACGCCGUCCCGCGGAUCACGCCGAGCGACGUCGUCACCUGCAACAACAAGGGCCGACUCCCCACCGAGACCGAAGUCAUCAACACGCCCGGCUGCUACGCUUCUAUCAGCGUGGGUUCGGCGGAUACGAAAUUGGACGCCUGCGCCGCCGAGCAGGAGUUUGUUUUGGGCAGGUUGGGGGUCAUUCUGGGAUGUCUUCCGUCGAAAUGA